GCGGUAUUCAUAAAGAAACUAAGAUUUUUCUUAAGUCUUAACUUAAGUUUUAGAAAUCUGACUUAGCUAAGUCUGAGACUUAACUUGAUAUUCAUAAAGAUGCUAAGUCCGAAACUUAGCUAAGUCUCAAAAGAAAAACUAAGUCAGUUUCGUAGUACGUACCCGCGUGAUCACUAGGGGGAAUCCCGGCUAUUUUUAAACUUCCGGUGGAACUCUUUAAAAAAAAAGGUGUGAACGUCUUUUUCGGUGGGAUUUCCCGGUUGCUAUUUACGGCAGACGACACACACAGCGAAACUUUGUCCACAUUGCCAACGUCAUGUCAGAGGCAGAUAUGAAGAAGAGGAAGCCUAACUGGACGAAAGAGGAGGUUUUACUGUUGACGGAACUAGUGAAAGCAAAUGUACAUGUGUUGGAAGGAAAGUUUGGUCCGGGCGUGACAUCGGCGAGGCGUCAAGAGGCGUGGCAGGUUAUUACAGCUACCCUCAAUUCCUCUGGUUCACACCCGAGAACAAAGGAAGAGGUGGAAAAAAAAUGGAAGAAUGUGAAAAGCCAGGCAAAACACAAGUACUCCGAAUUUGGGAAACUGACAAAAGGAACUGGCAAGUACUUUUCUUCCCUUCAUACAUACUGUAUACAAGUCAGGGUUAUUGUGCUGGAUCUGAUGCCACCUACUGACAGGGAGAUUUAUGACACUGCCAUGUCAGAUCCACAUCCUCAACCAGAAGGAGCCAACAUGUAUUCUAAGGAGCCAGAUGUCACAGGGUCCCUCACUUCACCAACCGUGGAAACUCUGUUGAAGCAAAAAUUAAAUCUUGAAAUUGAAUGCCUCACUUUGAAAAAGGAAUACCUUAAAUUGAAAAUCACGAAACUGAAUUAGCUAAAAGUAUCAUACAUGUUGUUUGGGCAUUAAAGAAUUAUUUAUAUAUUUGAAUAUUAAAUGUCACAAUACAUACUAAGCCAAAUGUUAUGAUACAACAGAUUCUGGUAGAAAGAACAUUGUGGAACAUUUUUCAUAAAGAGUACAUUGCAUUUAGAAUAUUGCAUAUUUAAGAGGGUGAGGGAUAAUUAAGAUGAU